UUAUGUACAACCUGCUUCGCUAGUAGUAAGGAUUGUAGUGAGCAGAGUGAACACGGAGUUAGAAGUUCCAUAUAUCCUCUUUCAGUUUGGCUCCCGGCCAGUAUCCACUACACAUCUCUUUAAUAUUCGACGACAUUUCUUUGAACAAACAGUUUUCACCUUGUGAUUUCAUCUCUAACUUUAAUCUUCUUUAAACAAAACAGAAAACUAUUGAAAUUUUAUGUGAAGUGGUGGCGUGUUGGCUUAAUAGCGGGUUGCUCAUGAUAGUUCAUCAACUGAUAAAUUUAGCGCUAAACUCAGGAUGAACGAGUCGGCCAACAAGUUGAACAAGUCUUUGCUGAUGAUGAUGACGGCCGGAUACCAACUUCAUAAUCAGAGUAGCAGCACAAUAGAAGAUAAUGUCAUCUUCAUCGCCACGGCCUCUUCCAGCAAUUCGACGAGUUCGACUGGCUUUUACCAGAGCUUCCCCAUUUGUGUUUUGCCCAACGUUUCCGCCGCCAACAUAUCCGAGCCGGAGAAAUCCUACUUCCCACUCUUCGAGUUUGUCAUCAGUUUGGUACUUUUGAUUGUCGUGGCUCUACCGGGCCUAGUCGGCAAUUUCAUUUCCAUUUUCAUUCUCUCGCGACCCCAAAUGAGAACUUCUCUCAACGUCAUUCUGAUUGGUUUGGCGAGUUUCGAUUCGAUCCUGCUGCUCACAUCCAUUUUGCUGUUUGUCAUCCCGUCAAUUUACGCCUACAGCGGCGUUGGCGAGUUCUACUAUCGCCACAUCCACCCACUCAUAACACCUUACACGUUUGUUCUGGGUACGACGGCUCAGACGAGUUCGGUUUACUUGACGCUCACCGUCACGGUGGAGCGCUACAUCGCCGUCUGCCAUCCGCUUCGCGCACGUUCCUGGUGCACUUGCAAACGCGGCCGAAUGGCUGUCGUCAUUAUCGGAAUUUGUUCCCUUUUCUACAAUUUUCCUCGUUUCUUCGAAGUCGAACGCUGUUUGUACGUCGACAGCGAACUGGGUGAAUCGUGGAUAAUGCUCAUCCCGUCGCCGCUUCGCAAUGACAAAACUUACGUCACCUGGUACAUUGUGUCUCUCUACUUCAUCAUCAUGAAUUUCGUCCCCUUCACCUUGCUAGCCAUCCUCAACGGAGCUAUUUACAAACAGGUACGUAAAGCCAAUCGUGAACGCUCUUUGCUCACCAAUUCCCAGAAGAGGGAAAUCGGCUUGGCAACUAUGUUACUCUGCGUGGUGGCUGUCUUCUUCAUAUUCAAUAUACUGGCGAUGGUUGUGAACAUUUUUGAAGUUGCUAAUAUCCUGGUUGACGAAAUGACGCGCGUCAGCAAUCUACUAGUCUCCGUGAAUUCGUCCGUCAACUUUGUGAUUUAUUGCAUCUUCGGCGACAAGUUUCAACGCCUCUUUCUGCGCUACUUUUGCUACUGCUACUGCUGCUGCAGGAGGAGAAGACCAUCUUGUGGGAGGAGCUCGCCUGACAACCCGGACAAUUCAGUUUCCAUGGGCACCAAUCCUGGAGAUAUUCAUCGAGUUUCUACAUUUUCAAAUCGGUCCAACGUUGCGCCAGGGCGAUUACUUUCGAUAUCCCGCUUGCCGAGACAUACAGUUCGCUCAAAUGGAAACAUCAAUGGCUACAUCUGCACCACAAGUAGAGGAGGUAUAAGUAGCAUUAACAUUUCACCAGCGUCUCGCUCCGCAUCCGACUGUUCCGGGCAGCUCUAUCGCUCCGCAAACAGACAUCAAUCUCCAUCGCCUCGGCCAAGUCUCCAAUACGACGGCAACACGUAUCACAGCAGAGCGAAACUAUCCAACGCUUAAGUCGGGUGGGGGUUAUUGCAUGGAAAUAUCUUUUUUUUUUUUUUAUCGUGCGAUACUUACGUACAUUGAUACGAAUGUAACAAAUGUAUCAUUGCAUUGGAGAAGCUUUAUGCAGCCAAGGGCGGAAGCGGUCUUUCUAUUUAUUUAGAAAACGAAGAUCAAUCACGAUCUUUAUUUGCCAUAUGCAGUUAAACUGUCCAAAUCAAAU